AUGGACAACCAAACAACAGAGUAUAUGUUGGUUCUCACUGGACUGUCGGAUAAUCCAAGUCUACAGCUUCCUCUGUUCCAGUUGUUUUUCCUGAUUUACCUUAUGACACUGACUGUAAACCUUCUCAUUCUUCUCCUGAUUAUCACUGAUUCUCAUCUUCACUCCUCCAUGUACUUCCUCCUUGGAACCUUGGCAUGUCUGGAUAUGGGCUACUCCUCAGUCACUGUUCCAAGAAUGCUCUAUGAUCUUCUUACAUCUAAAAGGAUCAUUUCUUUGCAAGCUUGUAUAACUCAGAUCUUCUUCUUCGUUUUUUUAGCUAUAUCAGAGAUGUGCUUGCUGUCAGUGAUGUCCUAUGACCGAUACAUUGCCAUCUGCCGCCCUCUUCACUACAUGCGGAUAAUGAACUGGAAAGCUUGCAUUCAAUUUGUAUUAAUAGUUUUGGUGUUCAGUGCAAUGUAUUCCUUAAUGCACACUCUUGCUUUAACAAAACUGAGCUUUUACAAGUCAGAUUCUUUGCAAACUUUCUUUUGUGAUCUGCCCCAGUUACUUCAGGUCUCAAGUAGUGAUGCAUUCAUUAAUGAAAUGCUCAUAUUUGUCUUAGGAACGUUGCUUGCUGUUGUCAUUUCAUUUGCCACCUUUUACCCAUAUAUCACUAUAAUCAUCACUGUUCUGAAAAUGGCAACAAUUAACAUGAGAUCCAAGGCUUUCUCCACCUUGUUCUCUCAUCUAACUGUUGUUGUUAUAUUUUACAGUACUCUUUUCUUCAAUUACUACAGCCCAGACGCAAAAUAUCAUGUCAUCGAGGACAAGGUGACUUCUGUGUUUUAUACUGUAUUAAUCCCCCUUUUAAAUCCUCUGAUCUACAGUCUGAGGAACCAAGAACUCAAAACAUCACUAAGAAGAGCUUUGCACAGAUUGUAA